UUUCAGAAAAAUGGAAAUAAAAUUGCAACAGUGCUUUGACAAACGGGCUUUGACGCACGGAAUCUUGCUAAACUCUAAUUGCGCUUUCUCGCAUUGUUUCCAUGUUGUCGAAAUAUGAAGGUACGUCGUUCGGCCAGUCGCCCCUUUAAACUGCCGUUUGGUCUCGCAAAUAGUGAGGCCGUUUAGCUCCGCGACAGAUGGAGUCCGGCAGCCUUGUGUCAUGCACCGAAGACAUUUCUUCGCUCUUUCCCGAGCCAGCGGCGGAGGCCAAAAAGAAAGAUCUGAGCAGCCAGUUCUCCUCCGUGAGAAAAGUGCGCGGGGAUGGGAACUGCUUCUACAGAGCCUUCUGCUUCGCACACAUGGAGUCAGUCCUGCACAAUGCCAGGGCUCUGCAGAGAUUCAAGGACAAAAUUAUUCAAAGCGGCAAAGUUUUGUCCUCUGCGGGAUUUGAUGAGAGCUCCUUCAAGCACCACCUGAACACAGCUGUAAACGUUGUGGAGCAGUGCCAAGCUGAUGAGCAGGAAGACACGCUGCUCAGGCUCUUCAAUGAGCAGACCACCUCUGACAGUGUGGUGCAGUAUCUCAGGCUGCUCACUUCAGCACACCUGCAAAACCAUGCAGACUUCUUCUGCAACUUUGUGGAGGCACCCAAUCUACACACAUACUGUCAUCAGGAAGUGGAGGCUAUGGCGAUGGAGUGUGAUCACGUGGACAUCCUGGCUCUGUCGGAGUCCCUGGACGUCUGCAUACAUAUCGUCUCUGUGGAGGGUGACGAACAGCAGUUGGCACACCACAUCAUUCCAGAGGGUGCUGAACCCUCUCUGCACCUCCUCUACCAAACGUCGCAUUAUAACAUUCUCUACCCACGACCUCAGCCCUGACCAGUGAUGCACCAGAACU